AUGAAGUCCAGCGUUGUUGCCGUUCUCCUCACAUGCCUCGCCGGCACUAGCUUGGCAGCGCCCGCUCGCUACAAUGACCGAGAUAUCGACACUCUACAAGCGAUGGCCAACGGCCAGAUCGAUAUGAGUGAUAUGGACGCCAAGGCCAUCGAAAAGGUCUUUGAGAAGUUCAUGGGUUCUCUCGCCCAGCGAGACCUUUUGCCAACAGGAACACUGCUCAGCGCCGUUAGUACUACUACCCCAACCCCGGCUGCGCUGCUCUCCGGGCUACCGGCUCUCGUUACUCCUCUAUUAUCCAUUCCUACUCCUACCGGCACGCCCGUGCCAGCUGCUGGCAAGGCUUCAGGACCACUGGAUGGCUUGACACAGACUGAUGGUGGAUCACCUGUUGAUGCGGUUGGCGGCACACUUGGUACCGUUACGGGAGCUACCAGCGGUUCGCCUGUUGAUGCUGCUACAGGUGCGUUGGGAGGCGUUACUGGUUCUGUCGGAGAUCUAUCCGAAAAGGCAAGCCCCGUGCUCGCCCUUAUCACUGGUCUUAUUAUCCCCCUUCUCCAGGGACUUCUCCAAGGUCUUGCCGGACUUGGUAAGCGCGACAACAUGGGCGGCCAGUUUGGCAGAGAGGAUUUGCACAACAUUGGUAUUAGCUACGAAAAUAUCAACAUGAUUGAGGCGGCUAUGAAGGUUUCUCGUUCCACCACCCCUGGCCACUUUGAGAGCGAGUCGCUCUCGGCAUAUGGAAUUCCCAAGGAUGAGGCUGCCAAGCUCAUCAAGGCUGGCCCAGAGAAGAUCUUUGAUGCUGUCAUGGCUCUUACUACCAAGGACAGAGAUGGCAACCUCAUUUUUGAUACCGACAAGCUUAAGAAGGCAGGCUACACAGAUGCGCAGAUUAAGGAACUUAAGAACCUGAAGCCUGUCGAUGCUCUCAAGGAUGUUGUUGCCCUCUCUGAUGAACACACCAAGAGUCAGCUCACCGGCGCUCUCCAGAAGGCCGCCCCGGUCACUGAGGGUCUCGUUGGCACUGACGGAGGCAACGGCGAUGCUCUCUCACAGGUCGGUAACCUUGCUGGUGGUGCUGGCGAUAGCGUCAACGAAGGCCUCGGUGGUGGUCUUUCGCAGGCUCUUAACGGAUUAGCCGGAUCUCUGAAGUCUGGCUAUGCAAAUGGUCAUGACGACGGAGCUGGCAUCAUGGAUGCUCCCAAAUCGGCCCAACUUAGACAUGGCUCCGUCGCUCUUCUGCUUGGCGGUGUUACGGGUGGUACUCCCGUUAAGCGUGAUGCCACACCCGCUCCCAAUGACAAGAUGAUUGAAGCCUUUAACAACAUUCAGAAGGAAGCCAUGAGUCUUGGUCAGACCUUUUCCACGUACCUGAAGAAGGAUGACGCCGGCAACUUUGUCUUUGAUGAGAAGAAGAUUGACCCCAAUGGCGCCGAGGUUAAGCAGUACUUCAACCCUGACCAGAACGCAGUGAUGACGCGCCUGAUUGGCGACAUCUUGUCUGUUACGGGUAAUCCUACCAAGCGCGAUAACCCGGUCGGUAACCCGCUCAUCUACGAUCUGGAUAGCGAUCAGAUGCUCAAGGGAGACCCUACAUCUCUCAUCCAGCAGAGCUUCAAGGGUCCAAUUGGUGGUCUGCUUAACACCAUUGUCACCAUCCUUAAGGGCUCCAACGACGUUGACCCCAAGAUCUUCCAGGCUGCUCUGGAGGGAGAUGUCCCAACGCUGACAGAAUACGGCAACAAGCCCCUUGGUGGACUUGUAGGCGUUCUCCAAGGCCUUCUCUAA